AUGCCUCACUGGUGGCAGUUUGACCCCACCACGCCCACCCGCGGACAAGACACGCCCGCCAUCUCAGAUGACCGCGGCGGGCAAGACGUGCGGAAGAGCGGUCAUGGUCGCGAGGGCAGCCCUCUCGGCGCAGCAACAGCCAUGCACACACUUACAGAGAGAUCAAAAAGGACCUGA